AUGAUUUUAAAGAUAAAUGCAUAAAAAGUGUGCUCAUUCUUAAUUUGUUUAAAAAUGUUAUGGUCAUAGUUUGUUUUUCUCAUUCCAUGAAUUCACAAAAAAUUAAACCUAUUGAUUGUAUUAAAUAAUGGGACUUUUCAGGAAUGUUUUCAGUGGAUUACUUGAAUAUGAAACACAAAAAGUGGUUCAGAUUCACUCCACAAAAAUUGGACUCACAUUUCGCCUGAUACAAUUGGGAAUCAUUCUUUAUGUUAUACUAUGGGUUAUGAUUUACGAGAAAGGUUAUCAAUCAUUUGAUCAAGCAGUGAGUGGAGUAACUGCAAAGUUAAAAGGGAUAGCAUUUGCCAAUGUGACAGAUAACCCAAAACUUGGUGCAACUGUUUGGGAUGCAGCUGAUUAUGUAAUACCACCACAACAAAAUUCAGCAUUUUUUGUAAUGACUAAUCUAGUUUAUACACCGGGACAAACGUUGGGACGUUGUGAAGAAGCCCAUGAUGUAUUCGGAAACAGUUGUAAAAAUGAUUCACAAUGUCAUGCUGGACAAUUAGUUUUACGUGGUAGUGGAAUACAAACUGGUCGGUGUAUAAAUUCUACACGACAAGCCAAUUUGAGUGUGUGUGAAAUAUAUGGGUGGUGCCCUACAGAGCAUGAUAUCAUUCCUAGACCACAUUUACUAGCAUCAGCUGAGAACUUCACUGUCAUAUUGAAGAAUAGCAUUGAGUUCCCAAAGUAUCGAGUGAAGCGUAGAAAUAUCUUAAGUUGGAUGAGUCGUUUAUUCCUGAAAACUUGUCUCUAUAAUCCAAAUGAUGAGAAACUUAAAUAUUGUCCUAUAUUUCGACUUGGUGAUAUAUUAAAGUAUUCUGGUUCAACUGACAAGGAUAUCUGGGAGACUGGUGGAAUGGUAUCUAUUCAUAUUGAAUGGAAUUGUAAUUUAGACUUCGAUGAAGAAAAGUGUUUGCCAAAGUAUGUGUUUCGUCGUCUUGAUGACUUUCGGAGUCAUUUAGCAAAGGGAUGGAAUUUUCGUUUCAGUCAUCAUUAUAUUGAAAAUGGAGUACGUAAGCGUAAUCUAAUCAAAGCGUAUGGAAUUCAGUUUUUUAUUACAGUCUAUGGAACUGGCGGAAAAUUUAAUGUGCUUACUUUCUCAAUGAAUUUAGGUUCUGGUUUAGCUUUACUCGGUAUAGCUACAGUAUUGUGUGAUAUGAUUAUAUUGAAUACAACACGAAAGCGUAGUGUAUAUCGUAGGGCUAAAGUUGAUCUAGUUGCUGCUAAACGCCGUAAAGAACAAGAAAGUAUGAAAGAAAAUGAGAAUAAAAUUGCUGGUGGUCAUUUUGGGAAAAAUAAAAAUAAAAAAAGCAAGUUAAAGUUUGUAUCUACAAGUGUUCAUGCUGAUGAGGACAGUGUUGAGAAAGAUUUCACUGAUACAAAUAAUCUUAUGACACCUGCAUAUGUUUCACAUCAAAUGUGGUCAGAUAGACGGUGUAAGAGAAAACCUUUGAUGAAUAACAGAUCAAUAAAAGAUUCACAUUCCGGUCAGUUAUGUUUAAGUCAACCAAGUUUUCUUGGCUUUCAUGUUAGUCCAUUAUCUACUAUAUCACAUUCUCCAGCUGAUCAUAGUGAAAUGAAGGACGAAAAUGAAUCAGAGACUAUUUUGGAUGCUAUCACAAUUAAACCGCCUUGUGUUACAGAUCCAAUUGCAAGUGUGUCAUCAUUUGUUGAACCAGUAAAAUCAUCUGAAAUGACAACUGUACCAGUUAGCGCUAAUCCCGGUCCUAUGAAGUCAAUUGCAAAAAAUGAGGUAAAAUUUACUAACCCUGAAUCACUAUCAACAACAACAGCAACAGCAACCACAACUCUAAAGCCAAAAAUGAAUAAGAAUGAUUCAAUGCCGCUUAAAACUGCUGUUUCUAUAUUACCACAAUGUUGUGAUAACUUAACAAAUCCAAAUGAUAAUUCACAAGAGGCAAAAAGUUCUGUAUCUAUUCUGGAAAAAAAUAAAUCACCAAAACCUAUUAAUUUGUUUGGUCCUCCAAAACUCAGAAAGCACUAUUUACAUUCACAUUAGCAGUGAUUUCACUUAUAUCUGGAAUUACUUAUUCCCACGUUUGUCUUAUUUUUUAAUGUGCUCUCAAGAUUCUGAUUUUGUUAUGUCAACUGACUAAGUAUUUCAAUAGUCACAUUGUCAAUUCAAAAUUGUGAUCCCUUUUACUCAAAAUAAAUCCUGUGUGGGGACUGUUGUCUGUAAACCACUGUCUUUAUGCAUAUAAUUUCCUCUUUGUCGUUGUUGACGUUGAAUUUAUCUAUCAAGGGAGAAGAGAUACGAUCAGAAGUUCCACAGUGUCGGAUAAUGUGAAUACAUCUAUGAAAGAAGUGAGAUGAGAAUUUGUCGUGUCUUUUAUUUUUGCUGUUAUGUUUUUUGUUAUAUUUAAAACCAGUAAUUUUCAUUACAUAUAUGCACACAAACACACUUGAUAUACAUGCAAGAGGGUUAUGCAGCAUUCCAUAACAUCGAUUUAUUGUAAAAAAAUUCCUACAAAAGAAAACCUCUCUGAAUUCAAUUUUUAUUGUAUAUUUCCUUCUGGUAUCGCCUGAUAUAAUAACUAGCAUAUAUAUAUAUAUAUAUAUAU